AUGAAGGAUCGCCGCGGCCGCACAAGGAAGUCGGUGCGAUCUCGCUUACGAGACAUUUACAGGGAGGUUUUUGACGUCGAAGAGUGUAAAAAAAACAAAAACAAAAACUUUUUAAACAGCUCAUUCCUGGCUGAAAGGACAUCAAGGUCAACACGCCGAGGGAGAGUCUUCGCGCUCGACUUGGUUCCUGUCCGCCAACUUUCCGGACGCGGAGCAUGCGGGACUGCAACAACAGUGGGAGGUGUCCUGUCCCUCACGCGUGUGCUCAGGCUGAUCAAAGAGGAGGUCUCGUAUAAAAAGGAGGCCAAGCAGCAGGAGGAGAAGAUCGAGCAGCUGAAAGCGGAGGCGGCUGACAGUUACCUCAUCAAGCAACACACGGAGAGCUUGAAGGAGACCAUCAUGAUGGUCCCAGACACCCGACGCCGCCUGACCGUUGCACACAACGACCUGCAGCAGCUACUGGAAGCGGAGGAAGAGUUGGCGGAAUCUGCGGAAUACCAAGAAGCCAAAGACAUGUUGGACUCGGUCAAGUUGGAAACCUAAAUUCUGUUGUCACUUGCUUCAAACGCUCAUUCCUUAUUACAUGCAUAAUUAUUAUGAAUGUGAUGUUUGUUUGAUCUCCAAACCUCUCCACUAUUAAUGCAACUUUCGUACCAUAAAACAUAGUUUUAGUCAUUAUUGUUUUGUCACACAAAUACACUGACACACUCCUGUCUAAUCUGAAAUACGGAUUAAAAUACAAUUUGCUUGUUGCUAGGCAGAAUUCAUGUGGGAACCCACCGUUUGUAAUUGAAAAAGACAAGGAGAAUGCUUCCUAGUCAAGCCUUUUUUCUCAGCACAGCGCCACCUGCUGCAUGAGGUUAGUGUUUGUCCCUCACACACACACACACAAAAUGAUCCCAUUGUACUUUUUUUUAUUUUAUUGCUCUCUGUCAAUUCAAAUGAUUGUAUGUUGUCACAUUUGCUCCAAAAAAACCCAAAGUGGAAGAAUGUCUC